GUCAGUCGAGGGUGUUUAUAAAAGCUCCCAGCCUUGAGAAGAACGUCCUGUUCCUGGGCCUGAAGAUAUUGAAACAUUAAUUACAUAAUUUAUAGUAGUGCUUUCUUCUACAAUGUCUGAAGAAGUGACUUACGCGACACUCACAUUUCAGGAUUCUGUUGGAGAGAGAAAUAACCGGGAUAGAAAUAACCUAAGGAAAAGAGGGUACCCAGCUCCUUCCCCCACCUGGCGUCAGGCUGCCCUCAGUCUGCUAACUCUGUGUCUGAUGCUGCUGAUUGGGCUGGUAACCUUGGGGAUUAUGUUUUUGCAGACAUCUAAUGAAAUUAAUUCAGAUUCAGAGAAAUUAAGUCAACUUCAAAAAAUCAUCCACCAACAGCAGGAUAACUUAUCCGAGCAGCUGAACAGCUACAGGAACAUUCCCACCCAGGAGGAGUUCCUCAAAUCACAGAUCUCCAGUCUUUUGAAGAGACAGGGACAAAUGGCCAUCAAGCUCUGCCAGGAACUAAUCAUUCACACUUCAGACCACAAGUGUAAUCCUUGUCCUAAGAUGUGGCAAUGGUACCAAAACAGCUGCUAUUAUUUUGCAACAAAUGAGGAGAGGACCUGGACUAACAGUAGGAAAAACUGCAUGGAUAGGAACUCCACCUUGGUGAAGAUAGAUAGCUUGGAGGAAAAGGAUUUUCUGAAGUCACAGCCAUUACCCACAUUCUCUUUCUUCUGGUUGGGCUUGUCAUGGGACCCAUCUGGAAGGAGCUGGGUUUGGGAGGAUGGCUCUGGUCCCUCUCCAUCCUUAUUCAGCACUAAAGAGUAUGCCCAGAUCAAUGGAUCCAAAGGAUGUGCCUAUUUUCAAAAAGGAAAUAUUUAUAUUUCCCGCUGCAGUGCUGAAAUUUCCUGGAUUUGUGAGAAGAUGGCUGCGUUAGUGAAGAUUGAAGACUUGGAUUAAUAUGCUUCUUCCAAAUUCACCGAGAUAUAAGGGACUUGGGGUUAAAUUCAUGUGAAGAAAGAGAAAGCUACCCACUAGAGCCAAAAACAUGAAAAAAAUGACUGUGUAUUUAAACUCUCAGGCAAAUAAACUUCACAGAACAUUCUCCACUUAUAAUCU